AUGUCCGCAUCCGCUGUUUGCUGCACGCGAGACGCACAACACAUCACCAAACAGCUCCUAUCCAGAAGGACCAACAACCACGCCGAGACAAUGGAACGCUUUAACGAGUCGCUGGAGAAGAUGAAGCCCGUGGAUCUCGAUAAGGUCUCCAAUGAGGACAAGUUGAAACUUUACGGCCUCUUCAAGCAGAUCAACGUAGGGGACUGCGACACUAAGCGACCAGGCAUGAUGGACAUGAAGGGAAAGGCCAAAUGGGACUCUUGGAAGGGUAUGGAAGGCAAAUCGAAGGAUGACGCCAUGAACGAGUACGCCAACCACGUGGAGCACAUCCUGGCCUCCUUGGCCUAGAGUGUUGGUCGGAAGAGCACCGCGGGAAGGCGCGAGAUCUUUCACGAAAAUAGGGGAGAUCCGCUUAGGAACGGAGAUCCUUGCGAAACCACGUGGCCUUUCUCGGACAAGGAGCCCGGCAGCGCUCGGCUCUCUUUCGAUUUUUUUUUUCGUGUGUGUGAAGCAGGAAGUAGAUGUGGAAGAAAAAAAUGAAGUUUUGGCUUUGGACAUUGUGGACGUGUGUUGGGUGCAGCCUAUUAAAAAGUGGUAGAUUUUUCUGCUAGGAAAGCUGUCUGCCAGCAAAGCAUGCUAUCGAAUUGCAACGAAAUGGAGACUAAUAUACUGUAAAUGACGAUCAGAUACUGAAGUAGAUGACUUUGGGGAUUUGUUUCGUCCGGGUCGACGCUCCCCCCCACCCCCUCUGUGAGACUGUGAGUUUGCACACAGGUGAGCGUGGAGGUACGUCGCUAGACGAAGCGGUGUUAGUAAUUGGUUAUUGUUGAAACGCCACAGCCGAAACGUCCGUACGCCUACGAGGGAAGACAUGCGGACGUUUGUUGAUGUUGAGGGUCUAGGUCGUCUAUUUGGUGUCGUUUUCCCCUGUGGCGUGUCUUCGUGUCUUGUGUUUUCGGCGGAUGUGUUGUCUGAGGAUUCUGCAGACGAACAUCAUUAGCAUCAUGAACGGUAAUGAAUGGUGGUGAGUUCCGUGGGUGAAACACGUUCGUUCGUGUCGGCACAAGAGUUCCUGGGAAAGAAAAUCAUGUGUUGUGCCACCCAGUUUUCACCCGAUUUAUCCCCGAUGA